AUGGAGAUUAGUAAAGUCACCUUGGAGAUAUUCUCGAAGCUUGAGCAACAAUGGCUGACUCAACGUGAAGGCGGCAGAAAGACGCGUGUUCUUAGCAUUGAUGGUGGUGGAACUACCGGUAUCUCGUCCGGUGCCGCCUUGAUCCACCUCGAACACCAGAUCCAACUCAAAACCGGUAAUUCUGAUUCUCGUAUUGUCGAUUUCUUCGACAUUAUCGCCGGUACCGGCAUUGGUGCUUUCCUUGCUGCAAUGCUAAACGCAGACAACGGUAACGGCCGACCGCUGUUUACMGCCAAGGAGGCGGUUAGAUUCGUUACCGACCGCCACGCGGAGCUGUAUAAAGUGAAGAAUGUCGGAGUCGUUCACCGGAGACGGAGGUUCUCGGGCAAAAGUAUGGAGAAAGUUCUGAAGGAAGCGUUAACUCGAGACGACGGUACGGUUUUGACGCUGAAGGACACGUGUAAGCCUCUCAUUGUUCCGUGCUAUGAUCUCAACAGCUCCGCGCCGUUUGUUUUCUCUCGAGCCGACGCCUCUGAAUCUGCUAGCUACAAUUUUGACCUCUGGAAGGUUUGCCGUGCCACAUCGGCUGAUCCGUCGAUGCUAAAGCCGUUUCAGCUGACUUCAAUCGACGGAAAAACCUCUUGCCUCGCCGUUGACGGCGGUUUAGUGAUGAACAAUCCUUCCGCCGCCGCCGUCACUCACGUAUUACAUAACAAACGCGAUUUCCCUUCUCUUACUGGCGUCGAAGAUCUCUUAGUUCUCUCUCUAGGWAACGGUCCAUUAAGCAAUUCGCCGGAACGGAAGCUCAGCCGCGGCGGUUAUUGCCGGAAUCAAUACGUCGUCGGCAUUGUUCUCGACGGUGUAUCGGAAACCGUUGAUCAAAUCUUAGGUAACGCCUUCUGCUGGAACCAUACCGAUUACAUUAGAAUUCAGGCGAACGGUUACUUGAACGGCGGAGUGGGGCCGAAGGUGGAGGAAGUGUUGAUGGAGAGAGGAGUGGAAUCGUUGCCGUUUGGUGGUAAGCGGUUACUGACGGAGACUAACGGUGAGAGAAUUGAAAGCUUUGUACAGAGACUGGUGGCAUCAGGAAGGAGCAGUUUGCCUCCGAGUCCGUGUAAAGAUGCUGCCGUUAGUCAACUUGUUAACGGUCGUUAG